GCUAGAUGGCACUCAAGCCUUUCAAUAUAAUGAAUUUAAACCCCAACUCGAAGCCAAAGUGAAACCUGUGUUUUUGUUGUUUUUCUAGUUACUUUAUUUACAGUAAUGGACUCGAACUAUAUGAACGUUUAAAGGGACACAAAUCACACAUUCAGCUUAAUUGUUGAGAUACAGAGUUUAUGGAAAUUUAAACCCACAGGGAAGUCCCUGCUCAAAUUCAAAGAUGGACAAGAUGAAGGUCCCGUGCAGCACAGGAUGGCGGCUGCUCCACAUGAGAGGAGAUUUGUUCACCUGUCCGUCCACCGAUGCCCUGGCGCACUGCAUCAGUGAGGACUGCCGCAUGGGAGCAGGGAUCGCCGUACUCUUCAAAAAGAAGUUUCAUGGAGUUGAGGAGCUUCAGGCUCAGAAGAAGCAACCUGGGCAAUGUGCAGUCCUUGAAAGAUCUGGUCGGUUUGUGUAUUACCUGAUCACAAAGAAAAAGUACAACCAAAAACCCACCUAUGACAUUCUCAAAAAGAGCCUUGUGUCUAUGAGAGAACACUGCUUGGCCAAUGGCGUUAACAGUAUAUCCAUGCCUCGGAUUGGCUGUGGUCUGGAUAAAUUGGAGUGGGAAAAUGUGUCUUCCAUUAUUACAGAAGUCUUCCAGGACACAAAAAUCUCCAUCACUGUGUACACUAUCUAGGUCUGAAACACGUUAUUUCUUAAACGUUCUUAAAGAAUGGUCAAAGGGUUGCUUUUUGUUCCAAUGGAAUUUCACAACGUACUGUAUGGUGGGUGUUUAUUAGUCUUGUUCUGGGAAAUAUAAGCACUAAAGAAUGUAAAAAUAAUAAUAAUAAAAACUUCUAAAGACUGUUCUAGUUAUACACUAAGAAUUUAGAUUUGAUAAGUUUCUUUCCUAAAUUAGAAUCCAUUGUUUUUCAUCCUAAUGUUUUGUCUCUAAAGUGUAUGGAUGUUCUUUUCACCACUAGAGGGUACAUUUCCUCAAAAGGAAAUAAUAAUAAUAAUUAAAUAAAAUAAUAUUAUUUUCA